AUGGAUGACGCCCCAGAGGGUGGAGGUGGUGUGGGUACUAAUCAGACAGGCAGAUCAUAUUCAUCUUCUGCGUCAAUGAAGAAUGAGGAGCCCCUUACUGAGGGACAGCAGGGUUUCAGCACCUACCACGCAGAACCAGAGAAACCCAGGCCAGUGUCUCCAGUGCCCAGCUGUGUAUCCAUGAAGAGUGACCAGUCUAUGCUGCACCCCCUACACUUCAGCAGUGGAUUCCCACAGUCGGACCGAAGACCAGAGAAGCCCAGGCCAGUGUCUCCAGUGCCCAGCUGUGUGUCCAUGAAGAGUGACCGGUCUAUGAUGCACCCCCUACACUUCAGCAGUGGACCUCCACAGUCUGAUACAAAGCCGUUGUCUCCAGUGCCCAGCUGUGUGUCUAUGAAGAGUGACCGGUCUAUGCUGCACCCCCUACACUUCAGCAGAGACCCUCCACAGUCUGGCCCAAGACCAGAGAAGCCCAGGCCAGUGUCUCCAGUGCCCAGCUGUGUAUCCAUGAAGAGUGACCGGUCUAUGAUGCACCCCAUACACUUCAACAGUGGACCUCCACAGUCUGAUACAAAGCAAGAAAUGGCCAGGCCGUUGUCUCCAGUGCCCAGCUGUGUGUCUAUGAAGAGUGACCAGUCUAUGCUGCACCCCCUACACUUCAGCAGAGACCCUCCACAGUCUGGCCCAAGACCAGAGAAGCCCAGGCCAGUGUCUCCAGUGCCCAGCUGUGUAUCCAUGAAGAGUGACAAGUCUAUGCUGCACCCCCUACACUUCAGCAGUGGACCUCCACAGUCUGAAACAAAGCAAGAAAUGCCCAGGCCGUUGUCUCCAGUGCCCAGCUGUGUGUCUAUGAAGAGUGACUGGUCUAUGCUGCACCCCCUACACUUCAGCAGAGACCCUCCACAGUCUGACCCAAGGAACAGUCUAACCCAGUAUCAGUCCAGGUGUGGUGUGUGUGGUCUUCAGCUACUGAGUUCCCCAGUCAUCACCACCUGUGGACACAGUUUCUGCAGCCAGUGUAUCAGCAGCUACUGGAGCCAGUCUGGUCCAUCAGGAGACUACAGCUGUCCCCAGUGCAGACAGAGAUGCAGAAUUCAAGCUGUUAUCAAUCCCGACACAACCAUGGCACAACCCCUCCUGCAUUCACAUGGGCCUAUAGUACAAACUCUUCCAUACACAAGCAUAGUGCAACCCAAUGUAUACCCCUCUGCGUAUAUUGCGCCCCCUAACCUAUACCUCUCUCAAGCCGCUGUACAAUCUACUGUAAGCCCAUCUGCAACCAUGGUACAGCCUACUGUAAAUCCUAAUGCAAUCAUAACACAACCUUCUACAAAUCUUUCUGCAUCCAUGGGACAACAUGCGCUAUACCAUUCUGCAACCGUGACACAACCCACUGAAAACCCAUCUGCAACCAUGCAAGAUCCUUCCCUUUACCACCACAAUAAAAUGCUGGAACUGCAUCUCUCCAGACCUCCAUCAUUGCCCCACGUGUCUCCAUACCAACAUGCAUACCUGCAGCAGCAUCCUCUAUACUCAGAGAUGGGACAGGAUUGUCUAAAUCCACAUUUGCCUAUGGCACAGUCCUCUCCACAGCCUCCUGAAGUCAUUGCACAGUAUCCUCCACACUCAAACUCAGAGAUGUGGCAGGAUCCUCUACAUCCUCACAAGCGUGCAGCACAGCCUUCUCCACAGCCUCCUUUAGUUCAGCACACAGCAGCCAGCAAUCACGUCCUGACUGAUCAUGCUCCAGCUAAAAGGGCAAGACUAGCAGGCAACUGUGACCUCAAUGGUGUACUGAUGAGCCAUAAAGCCAAAAUGAAGAAGAGGUUUGAAAGUAUAUCUGAAGGCAUCAUAAGGCAGGGGACCCAAACACUCCUGAACAAGAUCUACACAGAGCUCUACAUUACUGAAGGAGAGAGUGAAGACGUGAAUAACGAGCAUGAAGUUUGGCAGGUAGAAGCAGCAUCCAGACCACAAACUACAGAUGACACAGCCAUCAACUGCAAUGACAUCUUCAACCCUGUACCUGGACAGGAGGAACACAUAAGAACUGUCAUGACAAAGGGGAUAGCUGGCAUCGGAAAAACAGUCUCAGUGCAGAAGUUCAUCCUUGACUGGGCAGAAGGCAAUGCUAAUCAGGAUGUGGAUUUCAUGUUUGUGCUUCCAUUUCGUGAGUUAAAUUUGGUCAAAGAUUCCCAAUACAGUCUUCACAGGCUCCUGCUUGGCUUCCACCCUGAGCUUAGUGAGUUGGACAAUAGUGAAUACAAAGAUUGCAACAUCAUAUUCAUCUUUGAUGGUCUGGAUGAGAGUCGACUUCAACUGGAUUUUCAAAAGAACCAGCAGUUUUCUGAUGUAACAAAACUGUCACCCGUGGAUGUGCUGAUGACAUGCCUCUUUCAAGGAUCCCUGCUUCCUUCAGCUCGAAUCUGGAUAACCUCCAGACCAGCAGCAGCCAGUCAGGUUCCUUCCCAGUAUGUGGAUCGGGUGACAGAAGUACGAGGGUUCAGUGACCCACAGAAGGAAGAGUACUUCAGGAAGAGGCUCAGUGACCACAGCCUAGCCGAUAGAAUCAUCACACACAUUAAAGCAUCCAGAAGCCUCUUCAUUAUGUGCCACAUGCCAGUCUUCUGUUGGAUUGCCGCCACUGUCCUUCAGCAGAUACUGCAAGAAGACGAUGGAAGGGAAGCCCCCAAAACCCUGACAGAGAUGUUCAUACACUUCCUGCUCAUCCAGACCACCAGGAAGCAACAGAAGUAUCAAGAGGAAACUGAAGCAGAUAGACAGAGGCUUCUAGAAUCCCACAAGAGUGUCAUUCUGAAACUGGCAGAGCUGGCCUUCACACACCUGGAGAAUGGCAAUCUCAUGUUCUAUGAAGACGACCUGAGAAAGUGUGGCAUUGAUGUCAGUGAAGCAUCAGUGUACUCUGGAAUGUGCACUGAGAUCUUCAGGGAGGAAUGUGUGUUUGAGCAUCAGAAGGUCUACUGCUUUGUCCAUUUGAGCAUCCAAGAGUUUCUGGCUGCUCUGCAUGUGUUCUCAUCUUAUCUAAAUAAGAAUUCGGAGGUCUUGGGACAGUUUGUGAAAAGAAAGGACAGCAUAACAGCAUUGCCACUUGAUGAGCUGUUGAAGAGUGCAGUGAACAAAGCUUUGGAAAGCAAGAAUGGACAUCUUGAUUUGUUUGUUCGUUUCCUUCAUGGCAUUUCACUGGAGCUGAAUCAGAUACUCUUGCUUGGCCUCCUGACACACACCCACAGCAGCCCAGAGAGUGUGAAGAAAACAAUCAAGAACCUGAAGGUGAUGCAGAGACCAAACAUCUCCCCUGAGAGGUGCAUCAACCUCUUCCACUGCCUGGUUGAAAUGCAUGACUCGUCUGUCCAUGAUGAAAUACAGGCUUACCUCAAGGCAGAGAAGGGAUCAGUCAAACAGCUUUCACUGGCUCACUGUUCUGCACUGGCACACGUGCUUCUGAUGUCUGAUGGGGUGAUGGAUGAGUUUGAUCUUAGAAAAUACAAAUCCUCUCCAGAGGGUAUCAGGAGACUAGUCCCAGUUAUACGAUGCUGCAGAAAAGCUAUACUUUCUGGCUGGAAGCUAACAGAGGCAUCAUGUGAGACUGUGGUGUCAGCUCUGCAGUCUGCAAAUUCCCCCCUAAGAGAGCUGGACCUGAGUCAGACUCACCUGCAGAAUUUUUCAUUACAGAAGUUAUUGUCUGCUCUUCAGAGUCCACAUUGUAAACUGGAGACAUUGAGACUGUCUGGUUGUCAGCUCACUGAUACAUGCUGUGAGGUUGUGGCCAAUGCUCUGCAGUCAGCAAACCCCCUGCUGGAGAUGGACCUGAGUAACAAUGCCUUGGGAGAUUCUGGAGUUGAAUUCAUCUGUAAGGGACUGUCUAGUCCUCACUGUAAGCUGCAGACAUUAAGACUAUCUGGUUGUCAGAUCACUGAUACAUCCUGUGAGGUUGUGGCCAAUGCUCUGCAGUCAGCAAACCCCCUGCUGGAGAUGGACCUGAGUAACAAUGCCUUGGGAGAUUCUGGAGUUGAAUUCAUCUGUAAGGGACUGUCUAGUCCUCACUGUAAGCUGCAGACAUUAAGGCUCAACCGGUGUGACCUCUCCAAAGCCAGCUGUGACAUGAUGGCAUCAGUGCUGCAGUGGCCAUCUUCCCCUCUGCGAGAACUGGACAUGAGUGACAACGACCUGCAGGACGGAGGAGUGGAGCUGCUCUGUGUGGGACUGAGACAUCCACAAUGCAAACUAGAGACACUCAGAUUGUCUGUUUGUCAGAUCUCAUCCAAGGGUUGUUCUUUCCUGGCGUCUGCCCUCAAAUCAAACCCCUCCUACCUAAAGGAGCUUGAUCUUACCUACAAUCACCCAGGAAACUCAGGUGUCAGGGAACUCACAGACAGACUGAAUGAACCCAACUGUAAACUAGAGACUCUCAGGUUUGAUCAUGGAGGAGAAUGUAGAAUGAAACCAGGACCCAGAAAAUAUGCCUGUGAGCUGACACUGGACCCCAACACAGCACACAGACGCCUCUCUCUCUCUGAGGGGAACAGGAAGGUAACACUUGGGCAGCUGCAGCAGCAGUAUCCUGACCACCCAGACAGAUUUGACUCCAGGCUUCAGGUGCUGUGUAGAGAGGGUCUGACUGGACACUGCUACUGGGAGGCUGAGUGGAGUGGUGAUGGGCCUGAGAUAGCAGUGGCAUAUAAAAGUAUCCAGAGGAAAGGAAGGGGGGAUGACGGCUUGUUUGGAGAGAAUGACAAGUCCUGGAGACUGAACUGCAGUAGUAACAGUUACACUGCCCGGUAUGAUAGUAAGAGUACUGAAAUACCCUCCCCCUCCCCCCGCUCCAGCAGAGUAGGAGUGUACCUGGACUGGCCAGCAGGCACUCUGUCCUUCUACAGCGUCUCCUCUGACACACUCACCCACCUGCACACGUUCCACUCCACAUUCACUCAGCCCCUCUAUCCUGGGUUUCUGGUUUAUUAUGGCUCCUCAGUGUCCCUGUGCCAGAUCACAUGAGCUCCUGCUGCUGCUCAUGACACACACACACACACACACACACACACACACACACACACACACACACACACACACACACACACACACACACACACACACACACACACACACACACACACGUUUUGGCUUCCUGCUGAUGGCUCCUCAGUUUCCCUGACUGUGCCAGAUCACAUGAGCUCCACCUUCUACACGACACACUCCUAGGUGCU